UCAUAGCCGAACUCCCACCCCCCAGCGUUCGUUACUACAUUUAUGAUCUCUUCUGUUUCGUGUUCUUGCUUCAUUUUCUUUUCUUUUUUUUUUUCUUCCGAUUUUGUACCUUGCUGGUCAUCACAGCCUCAUUUGGUCGAAUUCUGGCGCAUCUGUCAGUAUUUUGAAUUUCCCGAUAUUCGUGAUUAAAUAAUAAAGAUGAUGGUUAAAACACCGGCAACACCAUUGUCAAAAAUAGAGAAGACCCCUUCAUCUACACCUGGAGGUCCAAGAUCUCAUGAAGAGAAAUUAUUUGUCACUGUCCGAGUGCGGCCAUUGAGCCAAAAAGAACAAGAGAUGAAUGACCAAAUUUCUUGGGAUUGUACUGAUGAACACACUAUUUCACUCAAGAAUUUGCAUCCAGGAAGGCCUACACCCUCUUAUUGCUUUGAUAAAGUUUUUGGUCCAACCUGUUUGACUUGGAAGGUUUAUGAGGAAGGGGCAAAGGAUGUUGCUUUAUCUGUCCUUAGUGGAAUUAAUGCUACAAUAUUUGCUUAUGGACAGACCAGCAGUGGUAAGACAUUUACCAUGAGAGGAAUUACAGAACUUUCUGUAAAGGACAUCUAUGAACACAUUAAGAAUACUCCGGAGAGAGAUUUUGUGCUAAAGUUUUCAGCUAUGGAAAUCUACAAUGAGACUGUUGUUGACUUGCUAAAUCGGGAAUUGGGGCCUCUUCGGCUUUUAGAUGACCAUGAGAAAGGCACUAUAGUUGAAAAGCUUGUUGAAGAAGUAGCUAAGGACGGCGAGCAUUUGAGACACUUAAUUGAUAUUUGUGAAGCUCAAAGGCAAGUUGGAGAAACUUUUCUAAAUGAUACAAGCUCAAGAUCACAUCAGAUAAUCAGAUUGACUGUUGAGAGUAGCUUCCAUGAAAACUUGAGAUGUGUCAAGUCAUUCAUAGCAAGUCUGAAUCUUGUGGACCUUGCAGGAAGUGAAAGGGCUUCUCAAACAAAUGUGGAUGGUACAAGAUUGAAAGAAGGAUGUCAUAUUAACCGCAGCUUACUAACACUCACUACAGUGAUAAGAAAACUCAGUGGUGGAAAAAGGAAUGGCCAUAUACCAUACAGAGAUUCAAAGCUUACACGGAUAUUGCAGCCUUCUCUGGGGGGAAAUGCUAGAACUGCAAUUAUAUGUACCAUGAGUCCAGCUUUAAGUCAUGUGGAACAAUCACGGAAUACUCUCUCAUUUGCAACUAGUGCAAAAGAAGUCACCAGCUGUGCACAAGUGAACAUGGUUUCAGACAAGCAGUUACUAAAGCAUUUGCAGAAGGAAGUGACCAGACUUGAAGCAGAGCUACGAAGUCCUGAAUCUUCUUCUUCUUCAUGCUUAAAGUCCCUAUUGAGAGAAAGGGACUUGAAAAUCCAGGAGAUGGAGCUGGAGAUGGAAGAGCUAAAACGCCAGAGAGACCAUGCACAGACCCAGCUAGAAUUAGAAAGAAUAAUGCACAGAGAAAAGAAGGGGAGUCAAUCUGGGUCUUCUCGCCAAGUAGUGAAGUGUCUUUCCUUUUCAGAUGAGAAUACUUCAGUUUCUAGUGCAUCUGGUUUAGCAAACAUAAUACAAAACAAAGUGGGAAGUUGUACUUUGGUGUUGCAGUCAGGUUCUUCUACAGUUCCUUCCGUGCUUGUCCAUGAAAUUCGAAAGCUAGAGCAAAGGCAGAAGCAGCUUGGGGAAGAAGCAAGCCGAGCACUUGAAGUUCUUCAAAAGGAGGUUGCUUAUCAUAGAUUAGGAAACCAAGACACUGCCAAAACCAUUGCAAAACUUUUGUCUGAGAUAAAGGACAUGCAGGCUGUUAGUUCCACUAUAGAAGAUAUUGAGGUUAGAGACAGGCCCAAUCUGAAAGAAGAGAUUACUCGGUUGAACUCUCAAGGAAGCGACAUUGCAUUUCUAGAAAAGAAGCUUGAGAAUGUUCAGAAAUCUAUAGACAAGCUGGUAUUGUCUCUUGCAGAUAAUGAAGAGAGUCCAGAGUCUGAGACUCCAGAAUCCAAGGCUAAGUUAAGGAAGAAAAAAGUACUCCCUUUCACCUUAAGCAACAGCACAAAUAGGUCAAAUAUGUCGUGCCCCCCCUGCUCGCCACUAUCCUCUUCUAGGAAGGUAAUGGAGUAUGGGCAAGAGAACAUGGUACUUCCUGAAUACAAUGACUUUGUGUGUGGUGGUGAUGUAUUAAUACAACCCAUUAAAACAAAUACACCACAAAGUGAAGACAGUAAUGGUAUCCCGUCCAACAAGGGCACACCUGGCUCAUGUCAAUCAAAAUCACUUAACAUGAAGAAAAUGCAGAAGAUGUUCAAGAAUGCGGCUGAGGAAAAUAUAAGGAAUAUAAGAACUUAUGUGACUGAGUUGAAAGAACGGGUUGCAAAGUUACAAUACCAAAAGCAACUUCUCGUUUGCCAGGUAUUGGAGCUGGAAGCAAAUGAAGCUGCUGUCAGUGAGACAGUAGCACCAGAUCAGUCUCCAAUGUCAUGGCACUUUGUAUUUGAGGACCAGAGAAAGCAGAUUAUCAUGCUAUGGCAUCUUUGCCAUGUUUCAAUUGUACAUCGUACACAAUUUUACUUGUUAUUCAGAGGGGAUCCUGCCGAUCAGAUAUACAUGGAAGUUGAGCUUCGUAGGUUAACAUGGUUGGAACAAUAUCUGGCUGAGCUUGGCAAUGCAAGUCCUGCCCUCUUAGGGGAUGAACCUGCUAGUUCCAUUUCCUCAAGUAUCCGAGCUCUCAAGCAAGAAAGAGAGUAUCUUGCUAAGAGGGUAAGUACGAGGCUAACAGCAGAUGAACGGGAAAUGCUUUAUAUUAAGUGGGAAGUCCCACCUGAUGGGAAGCAAAGGAGGAGACUACAAUUGGUAAACAAGCUUUGGACAGACCCACUCAACAUGCAGCAUGUACAAGAGAGUGCAGAUAUUGUAGCAAAGCUUGUUGGCUUUUGUGAAACUGAUGAGCACAUCACUAAGGAGAUGUUUGAGCUCAAUUUUGUUCCCUUUUCUGAUAAAAGAACUUGGAAUGGGUGGAACUUGAUAUCAAAUCUUUUCCAUCUGUAAGAAAACAUUUGUGGUUCUAAUCCUCAACGAUUCAAUCUGUUCUCUCCUAUUUCUUUAGUACUUUCAUAAGUGAAUAUUUCAUCCAAGAAAUCACAUUAUAUGA